CUGUACCCUUUUUUCCUUAGGAGAAAGAGGAGGACAGAGAGCCUGUGAUGCAAGAAAAGAAGCGUGUCAGCACUGUUAUGUUGCACGUGCUCAUGAGCAACAAUGUGCUACUUUCUAAACUCUGUACCCACAAAUGAAGCAAUGAAUGGUUUGAUGGCAGAGACAAGGAAGAGCCCCGCCCAGGAAAUCUAAUUUUAUGUGGCUCAUUUUGAAGUUUUCACUGAAGCAGAAGCUGCCUGUGUGAGUUACUACCUUGAUUCCCGGAACCAUGUACACGGCAGCUCCCAAGAGCGGCUCUCCUUUCGAUGAUUCCGUCAAGGCCCUAGGCCUACACAUCUGGCGAGUGGAGAAGAUGAAACCUGUAUGUGUCCCGGCAGAAAUGCACGGCAUGUUCUACACUGGGGAUUCCUACCUGAUUCUCCACAACGGACCCGAGGAGCACUCCAAUGUGCACAUCUGGAUUGGCCAAAACUCUUCCCGAGAUGAACAGGGAGCGUGCGCACUGCUCUCCACCCAUCUCAACUCCUUUCUGAAGGAAAGGCCGAUCCAGUAUCGGGAAGUGCAAGGCAAUGAGUCUGAUGUUUUCAUGGGGUACUUCCCUCAUGGCAUCAAAUACAAGGAAGGUGGUGUAGAAUCUGCCUUCAAUAAAACACAAGCCAACCAACAACCCAGCCCCAUACGUAAACUCUACCAAGUGAAAGGAAAAAAGAAUAUCCGAGCCACUGAAAAAGAACUGAGCUGGGCUAGUUUUAACACUGGGGACUGUUUCAUCCUGGACUUGGGAGAGAACAUCUUUACAUGGUAUGGGGUAAAAUCCAAUAUUUUGGAGCGCAAUAAAGCCCGGGAUUUGGCCAUCGCAAUCCGAGACAGUGAGAGGAAAGGGAAAGCCAAAGUUGAAAUUGUUGCAGAUGGUGAAGAGCCGGCUGAGAUGACAGCGGUUUUGGGUCCUAAGCCAGUUCUGAAACAAGGCAGUCCUGAGGAAGAUGUUGUUGCUGAUCAGAAGAAUGCAAUUUCAGCUGUGCUGUAUAAGGUCUCUGAUAUGACAGGGAAAAUGAGUCUGACGAAGGUCUCUGAGGCCAGUCCGUUCCAUCAGAACCAGCUCAUCACAGACGACUGCUUUAUCCUGGACAACGGACAGAGUGGCAAGAUCUAUAUCUGGAAAGGUCUUAAAGCUAAUGAGCAGGAACAGCAGGCUGCUCUAAAAGUGGCAGAGGACUUCAUCUCCCAAAUGAAGUACCCCCUGAAUACACAAGUGGAAAUCUUGCCACAAGGCCGUGAGAGUCCUCUCUUCAAACAAUUCUUUGUAAACUGGAAGUAAAAUCUGAGUUUGUAGCAUCCUGGGUUGACAUUAUUCUGUGUAUGUGCCUUACCAUCCAUGAACCUCUAUGCCUUAUUAAACUGGAGCCACUAUCUCCUCUUUGAUA